ACCUUCUUUCGUUUUUGCGCUGACGUGACGUGACAGUUGAUUUGUUUGAUUAAAAUAAAUAAGAGAAAAGUCACAGAUAAAUUGAUUUGCGGCGGAAUCAAUUGAUACUGAAAUCGGUAGCCGGAAAAGAAGACGCAGUCCCCAAAAGAGCAGAAUAGAACGCAGCAAGAUCGAUCGGCGGAGCGGAACAGGAGAGGAGAGAGAGCCAGAGCGAGAGCUGCACGGGUGAAAUUUCGUGGUUUCGGGACCCCCUGAGCCCCCAGCUCCCCCACAAUAUAACCCAUUCCCCACUGGCAAGAUGCUGUGUAUACAAUAUUAGCGAUUAUCGAAAGCAGGCAGCGCAUGUGCCGGCAUCCGAAAAACACUAUUUAAUAUUUAAGCUUUUGUAAACAAAUUGCGGAGAGCAGGAGACCAAGGUCGAGCAAGCCGACGAAUACGAAUACGAAUACCUGGUGAAUAGGUUUCGUUUCGCUUCGCCCCAAAGUGCCAGUAAUCCCGUGCAGCUUGCAAUGUCCACAACCAGCCAGCUGUUGCCCAACGGCAGUCUGUCCAGGAAUGGCAAGACCAAGAAGGAGGAUGAGGAGGAGGUGGAAGUGGGCUCGGGAUCUGGAACUGGAACUGGAACUAGUGCAGGUGCUGGAAAGGCUACACUAACGGGACUAACAGGACACCCAUCCUCAUCCACAUCCGGCACCUUUAUGAAACUGAAAACCUAUCUCCUAGCUCUGCGUCCCUGGUCACUCUCCGCCAGUCUGGUGCCCACGCUUCUCGGCUCGGCGCUGGCCCACCGCUCCCAGUGGGCGGCGGAGUUCUCGCUGGCCACCUUCUUCCUCACCGCCUUCACCGUGGUCACCGUCCACUGCGCCGGCAACGUGGUGAACACCUACUUCGACUUCAUCAAGGGAAUCGACAAGCAGAAGGCCGACGACCGCACGCUGGUGGACCACAUACUCACCAAGGAUGAGGUGGUUUCGCUGGGUGCCAUUCUGUACAUGGCUGGCUGCGGUGGUUUCGUUUUGCUGGCGGUGCUUAGCCCGGCGAAAAUGGAACACCUGGCGCUUAUCUACUUCGGCGGACUGUCCUCGAGUUUCCUGUACACAGGAGGCAUUGGUUUCAAAUACAUCGCCCUGGGGGAUCUGGUGAUACUGAUACUCUUCGGACCCAUCUCGGUGCUUUUCGCCUUCAUGUCACAAACGGGUCACGUGGACUGGACCACCAUGGGCUAUGCGAUUCCCCUGGCCCUCAACACGGAGGCCAUCCUGCACAGCAAUAAUACCAGAGAUGCGGACAACGAUCGGCGCGCUGGAAUCGUGACACUGGCCAUUUUAAUUGGACGCACUGCCUCGCAUGUUCUGUACGCCAUGCUGCUCUUCGCACCCUACUCGCUGUUCUUUAUCUUCGGCCUGAAGUACUCCCUGUGGUUUCUGCUGCCACUGGUGACCCUGCCGCAAGCCUUCCAGAUAGAGAAGCGCUUCCGCAACGAACAGACGAUGCACUUGGUGCCACGACAAACGGCCAAGCUGAACUUCUUCUUCGGCAUCUUGUACAUCGUGGCCUGCUGCUGUGCCAGCCAGUUGCCCACCUUUGGAUUCCGGAAAAAUUGAUAGACGGAGAUGAUUGAUAUACGGAUCAGGCAGAAAAACAGAAUCAGAGAGAAACUGGUGCAAUGUUUUUUUAGGGAAUUUCAUUAGGUUUUAGUCAAUGUGUGUGUAGCGAGGAGGCAGAACGAAGCUGUGUCAGUUUCCCCGCGGUUUUGAUGUUGCGCAAAUUUUGAAUGCCUGCUAGUCGCCCGUUAGAGUUUAAACUUUUGAACUGAACAUAUCCUAGCCCUAAUGGGUCGAUUCAUUUGACGGAAAAUCUAGAGAUAAAUAUAUGACAUUUUGCAAUAGAUAUUACAGGCCUAAUAUCAGCUUAACAGUUUACUAUAUCAAAUCCAGCGAUAAACCAAGAAUAAUAUUCAAACAUAAAUGGCCUGGCCUUUUUCCAGAUUAGCCGAUUUAUCCAGUCUUUUAAAAAUAAAUUAAUAACCUUUAUUCCUUUAUUUCUGAGCUCAUUUAACUAAAAGUAUGAUAUUAGACCUUUAGUUUCUGUAUCAAAAAUUUUAUAAAAUCUCCAAAGAUUUGUUCACUACCUACAAUAUCGACCCCAAGCUAUCCCACUCGUUUUUAUUUAUUUCACAUCGUCACAAUCUUAAAUCCUAACCAAUCAAUUACGACUCAAUGUAAUUAAUAAUCAUACUCUUCCUCUCGCGCGUUGGGAAUUACGGACCAAGAAAGUUAUGUGCAACAGUAACCAGUAAUGCUAAUGCAGAUGCAUACCCAAUUUUAUAUUCUAAAAUAUAUAUAUCACCACAUUCAUACUGGUGCAGAUACUUAAGUUUCGCGAAUCAAAAUGCAGAUUUACUUUACGAAUAGAAGUGCUUGAAAGUGCAGCUAAGUUGAAUGUUUUUUGGCAAUUGGCUGGCUUGCUUUUUGUGUAACGAAUGUUAGAGUUUUUACAUAUAUUAUAUACACGAACACGAGCAUAUAUUUAUAUACACAUCUAGAUCAUGUAAGCCCAGUGUCUAGCGGCAGGCUCAGAGUGAGAAUAUCAAAGAGAAAUCAAGAAAAACCUAUGUAAAACGACAAGAGAACAAAAGUUACAUUUUUAAAUAACUAUAAACGUAGAUGUCGAGGCGAAGGAGCAAACAUUGUUUUCCAUUAACAAUAGCGUAUGCAUAUAAACAAAUAGCUUUAAAUAACAAACAGAGGAGGAGAAAGCCAAAACCCAUUCGCAUUAUAAUUCAUUGUGUAGCUGAACAUUUGUGGCAAUAUUUAUUUGUACGCUAGUUUUUUGUAUAUUCAUUCAUUCUUUUGUACAACGCAUAGAGAAAUGCUUCUGUUGGAAUCGCUCAACGGCCGAGUUGAAUUGAACUAAGUGAAAACUUUGUAGACUACAAAUCAACAACAAAAUGAACAAUAAUAAUUAUAAUGAUAUUGAUAAUUAAAUGUUUAAUUAGAGAAUGUAAACUUGAAUUGUGUAAUAUAA